AUGGACACAUUAUCAAAAUAUUCUAAUGACUUGACUGUGAAUGAAAUAAAAAAGAAAUUUAAAAGACGGUCUUUUGAAAUGACAUCAGAUGGACUUUUAAAUGACAGUCUUCCAUUUCGUCGUAGACAAAGCAGUGGUUCGUCAGUAUCAUCUCACUAUAGAUCAAGACUUACAAGUGAUGCAUCUAAUGCAAGCUCAUUUUCUUCUUCUUGGAGUUGCUCAUCAUCAUGUUCAACUGGAUACUACAGGGUACCAAUUAUGGGAGCUCAUGGUGUUGGUAAAACAGCAUUAGAGAAUCGGUUUAUGAGCUCGGAGUACAUGUCGCAUAUAGAAUCAGAUAUCGAUGAAUUCGACGAAAGAAAACUUACUGUCGUCGUCGACAAUGAGGAAUCUACAAUGGAAUUUAUGGAUUUGCUAUCCAUAGAGCACGAUGUUUUACCAGCAGAUGCCUAUGUUGUUGUGUUUUCCGUCCACGAAAGCGAUUCUUUCACACUGGCAGAGGGAUUUCUACAAUAUCUACGCAAUGAACUUGAUAGUGACAGACCAAUAAUAUUAGUUGCGAACAAAAUAGAUUUAGUCAGGAAACGACAAGUCACCAAAGAAGAAGCACGCCAGAUUGCAAAAGAAUUUGAAUGUAAAUACAUCGAAACAUCAGCUGUGUUAAACCACAAAGUUGACGAACUACUAGUUGGGUUGUUAAAACAAAUAAAACUAAAGCUAAAUCCAGAUGCCAUUCAAAAAGCAGCUAUUUUGACACAGUGCAAAGGGAAAAGGCAUUCUCUUUUUAAAAGACUUCUUAGUAAAAUCUUAAGACGCACAUCAAAAACUUUAUCACAGUGUGAAAAUUUGUUUCAUCUAUGAUUUGUUAUAUAUUAGGCACUAGUGGAUGUAUCAUGAUAUUAAUAAAGCAUAAUUCAAUUGUAGUAUAUUUCAACCAUUAAAUGCAUUUUUAUAUAUAUAUCAUACAUGUAGAUUUUGUAGUUUCGAGCAAUACAAACGCCCGAACACAUUUAAUAAAAGCAAUAUAAUCAUAUCAUCAAUUCUCAUUCUAUAUGCAAACGGUUUUGAGAAAAUAAUGUUUAAGUUAAGAUUCCUAGUAAAACAAUACAAAAAUGUUACAGUAAAGUGCCUUAUCUUUUUGAUCUUCAACGUUUUGAUAGAGAUUUGUUUGUGAUUUAUUUAGCCUUUAUUUUUGUAUACUUUAAGAAGACUUUUGAGUUAUUGUUUUCUUUAUUCUAUUUAUCCUCAAGGGUUAAGUGGACAACUUAUAAAAUGCUUGAUAUGUUAUUAUUUUCUAACGUCUUUGGCAAUCUGUACAAUCAUGUGCUGUUAUCAUAUAUGCAACUAUGAC